AGUCUACUUAAAUUUGUUUAUGUGAGGAUAGGAAUAGUGGAAGGAUAAAUGGGGGAGACACACUAAAAUGUCAUUGCAUUUUAAUUUACAUACAUACAACCAGACACACAGCCAACGUUUACAAAAUUAUACUCUGUUCCUACUGUGUAUUAUUGUGUUUAACCAGUGCAAACUCCUGGUGGAUGACCUUAACCUGUUCUGCACAUUUUUGUACAGAAGUGAGGUAGGUGCACACCAGAAGAGCUCUAGAGACAAGAAAUGACUGAUCCCAUCUGUUGCUGCCAUUACAGAAUACCUCAGACAGAAACUAGCUGCUACUUGGACACUGCCAGAACAAACAGUAGAAGGAGGCAGUACACUAUUGCAAUUCUUGCCAGGGCUAGACCUUGCUCAAUAGUGUCAACACAAACAUGUAAUGAUACUUGAUUUCAAUUGCUCAGGUAACACUGUGACUCUCUUAGUGCUUUGGCUCUGUUUCUUAUGGUAACCAAGCAACAGAAUUACUGUAUGACAGAGUGGUGUAAGAUUUGUAUAUUAUCAAGGAACUUUAAAGCCAGUUGGAGACUUAACAAAUUAUUAAUUGUGUACUGUUUGAAGAGACAUUUUACAGGCAUUGGGUACUGAGAAGCUGUGGAGGAAUAAACUUGGCUAAAAGAUGAGGUCCAACCAGACUCACCCUCAGAGAAGUAGGAGUUUUGAUGCAGCCUCACUAGGUUCAACUGUCUCAAUGUUAUCAGGAAGAGAGAAAGACUGCUGUGAGGAUUGCGGAAGCUGUAAAUGCUGCAGCAGAAGAUGUGUCUGUAUUUCGGUCUUUGUGUUGCUGGGACUAGCAAUAAUGGCAGCUGCAGUUGCUUUAGCCAUUAUUUUUGGCAUUCCACAGAGGACACCAGUUAACCGAUAUUGCACUUCAAAUAACAUGACAGGUUAUCUGUGUGAUGACAGAGUAACAUGCAUUCCAGCUUCCAGUGUGUGCAAUGGAAUAAGUAAUUGUGCCAACGGUGAAGAUGAAAAUUCUGAGAUCUGCACUGAUUUACCCAAGAACCUGCCAACGUACUUGAUUUUUAAAUGUGGGAACCCCCAGUUUUGGAUUUACAUAGAUGAAAAAUGCAAUGAUAUAAAUAACUGUGGAGACUGCUCUGAUGAAGUUGGGAUAUUGGCAAACUGUCCUUCCUGUGGGGCAAAUUGGUGGCCUUGCACGUCUGUUUUCUAUGAAUACUGUAAAUGUAUUCCCAGAUCCUUGUGCAGAGAUGGGGUACAGCACUGCACAGACUGGUCUGACGAGUACAAAUGCACCCCAUGACUACGGCAAAGAGGAUCAAGCACAUUGCUCUUUAUUUACUGGUUUGCUUUUUUGAACAAAAUAUACUUGGAAGUUGCAGAUUACUUGGAUGAUUAUUAUUUUUCUGGAAAUUAAGGGAAACCUUGAUGAACCUAAUUUGUUACAUAUAUAAGAAGUUGUAUGUAUGUAGUAGCCAAAUUGUAGCAAUUGCUGAUGAAACUAGUAGAGUAUGAUGUAAAUUUUUUGGGGUGGGGGGGAUUGUUUUCUAAAUUGACACAGGUUUUGUACAAAAUAAUGUAUUUCAAAUAGUAAUUGUAUAUAAUUUGUUCAAUUUGUAUAUACUUCAUUAGAUUUGUAUAUAUAUUUAAAUGUUUACCAUAAAGUUUAUUAAAUACUGUAAGCGGCACAUAACUUGUUGCUUUUUUUGUAGGUGCACUUUCUAUUUCAUACCACCAUUGUUAUUGUUAAAAUGUAACUGUCUGUACUGGAAAAAGUGUACCUGGGUUUAACAAAUGUUGACAAUACAAAUGUCCUGGUGACUUCCAAGAAAACUGUUGGGUGCAAUACAAAGCACUACUGAGCAUACAAACCACUUGAUACUGUAACCAGGCUCCCAUGUCAACAGUGGAAUUCUGUUUUAUAAUAAUUAAAACAUGUGUAGAUAGCUUUCA